GUUUUGCGUUGCCAGCGCUUGUGACAGUUUGUGUGCAACGCUUGUUGAUGGUGGUAGUUUGAAGCGGCAAUUAACAUUACUGUGCCAGUGGAGUCAGUGACUUUUCGACAUUCGUGAGAGGAAGUUAACGUUGUGACAGUUUAAGAUGACAGCGGACGCUUGUUAAACGCUUUUUUGCCGCGUUUAUGUUAUAAUUGGUGCGCUUUGUAGUGCGGUGGUUGAAAGUUAUAAAAUCAAAUCAAAUUGUUCUUAUAAGAAAUUGAAUGUUGAGAACAAAUGGUGGUUAGUUGGUGUCGUUGCAGUUGCAAAUAAAACGCAGUGCGUGUUUUUGUACAACAUUUGUUAUUACUUUUAUUAAUGACAUAUGUGGCAUGAAUUAGAGACAGUGUUUGGAAAUUAAGUGUAACUUAAAUUAAAGUGUGAAUUUGUAUGCGUAUAAAAAAAUAUUAAGUAAUAAAAACGCUUAAAGCGAUCGCGUGUGAGCGUAAAAGUUAUUUCCAAUAAGCAUUGAUUGAAAGAAAAAUAUUAAGCGGCACACAUACGAACAAACAAACGUACUGCAGCAAAGAAGAAUAACAUAAAUGCAAAGCAAUUCGUAGUAUUGCAUUCCAUUGGAUUGGAUUAUAAAGCAAAUGUAAAACACAAAUAUUUACAAGCUCGUUGCCAAGCUAACGCGUAAAAAACAAACGAAAACAAACAGCAAAAGGGAACAUAGCAAACAAGUGUUUUCCCCAUACCAUUGUAACAACUGACUGCCAUUUUCUUAUACGCGUGCAUAUGAAAAGCUGCUGAAUUUACACAACAACUACAACCAAACAAGUGUUAAAGGUGCGCAAUAAUAAAAUAAAACAACACAAGAAAAAUAGUGUGCACAAAAGGGAAUAUUUAAUAAAAAUACUCAAUAACAGUGAAAAUACCAAAGUAAAUAAAGACAAUAUUUUCAUAAAGUGAAAAUAAAAAAAAAUAACUAUAUAGCACAGCAAAACGACGACUUAAAUAAUAAACCGAAACAAAGACAAACGAAAACGGCACCCACAUCAGUCAGUAAUGAAUUGAGUUUUGGGCGAAAAACACGUUUACCUUCACCGCACAACAGCGCGUCGCGCUUACGUACUACAAACAAACCCAUAAGCCAUACAUCGCGUGGCAGCGAGCACAGCAGAGUGUACACCCCCCUCACACGCCUAAUCCGCGCUCAGACCAACAGCAGCGGGCGACUUAAGUCAACCCCAUCGCUGCUUAUAUAUAUUUUUGUAUGUAUGUAUGCGCAUAUAUUCUGACCAAUUCGCUGCAUAACAGUCAGCUGAACUGAACAAAUUAGCUUUGCUGUAAGCGUGGAAUAGCGCGCAUACGGCGUGCUCUCGCUUGAUUUGCGUUUGAGCUGAAACUGCCAUACAUACUCGUUUACAUAUACCGUCCGCGUGUGUGUGUGUUUAACGUUUUUGUCGGAGCUCGGUUACUGCGCUUGAAUUGUAGUUUUCGUGGCUUUAACACCUUUGUGCGCGUUGAAAUACCAGCGCAGAGUGCCUAAUUCUCAUUCGGCUUGCUUGUAUUUGUGUUAACGCGUUUCAUACACUUACAUCUGUAUGUGAAUAUAUAUAUACUCAUACCUACCUGUAGGCUAGUGUGCGCGUAAGAAGUAAAUUAAAUCAAAAAAGUGUUGUGUUAGCGCGUUUAAAUCUGCAUGUGUUCGUGUAUUUAAAUAUUAAUACUGUAAAUAUUAUAGCUUGUCGCAAAGCAGUCACACACACAUAAUUACAUAAAUAUUGAAAUAUACUGAAAAUUGCUGCAUAAAUUUUCCGACAACACGCACAACAAUCAACAGAGAGAACAUUCAAAAUGGGUGACUGCUGUCAAUCAUGUAUGUCCCGCAUACCAUAUGCCACAUUAAUAGCGACGCUCAUGUGUCUGCUUGGCGUCGGCAUAUUCUGUGGCACAAUGUAUCGAGGCGCCUCGUUGACGGUGAUUAUGAUGGAUCAAGUGUUUCAUUUACAUCUAAUUUGGAUUGAAGCGAUUCAAAUGAUUUUCGUCAUAAUUGCUGCGGGUAUGGCGGCGCUUGGCUUUAUGAUACUCUUCAUUGGUUUCCUCGCAACUGGAGCGACACGCUACAAGGUCUAUCGCGCGUGGCGUUCACGAGUGGGUGGGCGCAUCUCGUGCGCAGCGUUCAUGGGCAUCACGUAUCUAUUGAACUUCAUUUGGAUAUUGAUUCUAUGCUUCUUGGUCAUAGUCACCUUCAUCUAUACCAUAUUCUGGAAUAUGUGCUCAAGUGUGGAACGUUCCCUUAGCUGCAUUGAUCUAACACAGUUUCAUUUCAUGUUCCCGCCAAAUACAAAACAGGAAGAUAUGAAAAUAUGCGAUAAAUAUGAGAUUAAAGCUUUCUGCAAGGAUGGUGUCGAGAAUGCCGAAGUCAUGUUCAUACUCGCUACAUUAGCUGCUCUGCUCGUCAUACUCAGUCUGGUGCAUUAUCUCAUGUGUCUCGCCGCCAACUAUGCGCAUAUAAGGGAUCAUGAAAAAUUCCAAGAACUACAAGAAAUACAAAAUCUCAAUGAGCUCGAGUAUAGCGCAACGUCAAAGGAUCGUUUCUAGGACAUAUUUCAGAAGAUUCAUUUUGAGCUUAAAGAGAAGUGAGCGCGCAGAAGUUAGCAAACAAGAGAGAUAAAAAAUCUACAGAAACACAAACACGCACACAGACACGUACAUUUAGAGAAAUAAAGGCAAAGAACUGAUUUGUACUACAACAUAACAAUGAAUUAUAGAAAUAAUGACAAAUUAUACAAAUUCUUCUUCUUAUUAUAAAUUAUAUAAUACAAACUGAAAUUUUUUGAAAAUGUCUUAAAAGAAAUUAAGUAAGGCAAUGUGCGCAGUAAGUCAAAUGGUUACUAGACUUCGUGUGAAGUUUUAGUGGACUUCUUUGAGUGAAGUAUUAGUAGCAAUUGUGCGUAUUACCUUUCAACACACAUCACCAAUAUGAACUUUCUGAAAUUUAAAUAUUUAUUUGAAUUAUAUUAAAAUUGAUUUUGUUUAAGGAUGGAGUGUGAAUUUUUUGUGUUAUAGUUAAUAAAAAAGUUUACGUUUGACCCUCAUUUUAUAAUAAUUAUUUGUAUAUGCAAAUAUAAUUUCAUUAUUCAAUUUAAAACAACAAUAUUUUUAACUAUAAAAAAUUAUUAAAAAAUUUUGAAAAAUUUGUUAAAAAAAAUUUAUUUCAUAUUUCCUCAUUAUUAUUUAUUUUCUUACAUUAUUCACACACUUCUUAUUGAAUUUUUAAUUUUUUUCAUAAUUUUUGGAUUUUUUUAAGAUAAUGUCACCAAACUUGCAGUUUCUGCUCUAUAUCUUAAGGGGCUAUAGCAGUGUAACCCAUGAAAAAAUAGACGAUUUUCGUGAUUUUAUUUGAAGAAAAUACUCGAUCGAAUGCUUUGAAGUUUUCUUGAACGUAAUAAGUUAAAUUUUCUGCUAUAUUUUAAGAUUAUUUUUUUACAAAAAUAUUGAAGAAUAAUGUGCUGUCUUCGGAGGUGCCAAGCAAAAACGUUUCCCAACUGCUGACAUGAUUCCGGCUGAAUGAGUAGCUGAAUCCAAAAUAAAUCAAAAAGGUUAUUAAAAUUUAAGGUGUUUCCUUUAUAAUGACCUACGAUUAUUGAAAAAUAUCCAAAAUUAACAAAAUGGAGUAGUUUUAAAAAAAUUUGAUUUUUAGGUAAAAAAAUUGUUUUUUUUUUAAUGCUAAAUUGACAAUUUUCAACCAUAAGAUCGGCAUUGUAUAGCAAAUAUAUUCAAGAAAACUCAGUUUCAAUUUGACCUCUUUAGAUCAUUACCAUUCAGAAACUAUUCAAGAUACGACCUUACCGCUUUCACAGAAUAUUUUUGAACGCUUAAACUAUGGAAUAAGGAAAAAAUAAAAAAAAUCGAUUUUUUUAAGUGGAAUAGCCCCUUAACCUAUACCAAUAUUGCAGCAAAUAAUUUAUUAAAUCAAAAAUAUUUAUUUUUUUUCUAUAAAUGAAUAAACUUUUAUGAAAUAAUUUUUUUUCUAUAAAUUUAUUUUUUUAAUUUAAUUUCCUUCUUAAUAUAAAAAGUAUUUAUUUUUUUUUAUAUUUAAAAUUUAUAAUUUGAGAAAUAAAUUAGAAAUAUUUUUUUUUGCUUUCAAAAAUAUUUUUUUCUAUAAAUUUAUAAACUCUUAUGAAAUACAAAAUUUUCUUUUUCUAUAAAUUUAUUUUUUUAAUUUAAUUUCUUUCUUAAUUUAAAAUUUGAUAUUUUUGAAUAAUUUUUUUUUUGUUGAUUUCAUGAAAACAUUUGUUUUUUUUUUUUAAUUUAUUUCUUAAUUAAAAAACUGUUAUAUUAUUAUUAUUUAUUAUUUUUUUUUUUUUAAUUCAUGUGUUCACCUAAUUGAAGUUAUAUUAAGUUUUAUUAAGCUAAUGAAUUGUCAAUUAUAAAUUUAUUAUCAUUUAAUUUAGUUGUAGUUAUUUGUGAAAGAAAUACACAAAAACGCCAAGAGUUACCAGACAUAUCAGUUUGAUUUUAUUACUUUAACAUUACACAGCAGCAGCAACAACAACAAUAAAAAGUUACUUGUGUGAUUGUUGCCAAAGUAGCUUUAAAAACCACUUUAAUUUAGUUCUAUUUAAUUUUUAGUUUUAUUUAAACUAUAUGUAUAUGUAUGUAUAUUAAAUUUCUAUUGUCUAACUGAGUAAUAUUUUGCUUUAUUAAAUCAGUGAUAAAUAUAAUUUAAAUCCUUUUCGAAAAUAAACUUUUAAGCAUAGAACUUUUUUAUUUUAUUUUAUUUUUUUUUAUUUUUUUUUUGGUUUUUUUUAAUUUUUUUUCUUUUUAAAGAAAGUUCCGUAAAACCACAUUUUUCUUGCACAAAUUAUGUGAACUAAAUCACACAUACAAAAUUCAUAGCCGAAAGCAACAACAACAAUUGUAUAAACCGUGCCAAACACAAGCCACAAAACCCAAACAAAAUCGAAGCACAUAUUGAAAAAGCCGUCCAAGCUGUAAAUGACAAGUGGAAAGUCGAAAUUUGUUGAUAAAUAAAAUGUUACAGUUAUUUGUGAAAAUGCAGAGAAAUUAAAAUAAAUUACCAAAAUAUGUUGCAAUGCUGCGCUGCUGGCUUGAAUCAUUAAAUUUCCGCUUUAAUAUUCAAACAUUUUAAUAUUCAAACAAUUUUCCAAUUAUUACAUACACACAUACAAGUAUGUGAGUAUAACGGUUUGUUGCAAAUGGUUUUGGCACUGGCUUAUUGUUUUAAGUUAAGCUAACCACCAUCCCUUAUGGCAAAUAAAAAGUGAAACAAAAUGGAAACAUGUACUGCAAUUGACAAACACAUCAAUUAAUAACAAUAAACACACACACACACAUACAUAUAUAUAUACUAACACACACACAUGCAGCUGCAGCCGAAUGAAUACACUAUACAGACACACACACACAUCAUGGCAAUGCACAAUCGAUAGUUUUAUGCUCAAAAUGAAUUCUUCUGAAUUUGCAUGUGAAAUAACAAAAACAAAAAAAAAUACAAAACUAAAAACAACAACAAAUACAAAGUGAAAAAUUUGCGCCAAAAAGUUGUAUUUGAAAAUUUUUGCAAAAUCAACAAGUAAAGUUAUUGAAUUGCAGACAAUUUGUAAUGAAUUGCUUUCAACACAGGCAGACAUGCAUGCAUACAUACAUAUACAAAAAACAACCUUUAUAGUACUAUAAAUGUAUGUAUGUAUGUAUAUAUUUACAUAUAAGUUGACAAAAUGCGCAUUGUAAGCAAAUUAGCAUAUCACAGCAACGAUUAGUUAAAACUAGCAAAAUAGCAGUAAAUUAAAUUUAGUUUAAAAGUCAAGUAAAAUUUAAAUAUAAAAAAUAUUUUGUAUAUAUCUACAUAUAAAUACAUACAAACAUACACGUGUAUGUAUGUAUGUGAAAUAUAAAGCAUUAAAUUCAAUUGAAAACUCAAAUAUGUAGUACACUAACUGCUUUCAUUUCGUAUUAUUAUUUUGAUUUCAUUGUAAACACAAGCAAUAUUUGGUAGGUAAACAAAUGCAAUCAAAUAAUAAUAAAUAUGCAAUUAAGUAAGCCGAGCACAUAAUAAAAAAACAAAAAGGCACGAGAGUACAUGCAUAAGAAAAUCUGUAAAUAAAUAGUGUUUUUCUCAGUUCUAUGUAGUGAUAAAGUAAAAAAUGCAAACAAAUUUAAAUUUGAUAGACCUUUUGGUGGCGUGGAUCAUAGAGGCGAUUGGAAUAGAAAAACAUUAAAAUUCAAACAGCAAACACAAACUUUGAAGGUUGAAGCUAAAAAAAAUACGGAUUAAUUGUCAUUCUAAUUAACGCCGGAUGAUAGAUUUAAUUCACAGAGUUGAAAUCUAAAAUUUUAACUUAUUAAAUAAAUAAUUUUUUUUUUUUCAAAAGUGAUCGUUAGACUAAAAAAAAACAUAAUUUUUCACCACCGAUUGUGAGUAUUUCAUAUAUAGUUCAGUUACUCAUCAAAACCAACCAAAUUUGCAUUUCUAAAACUACUGUGUCUUAAGGUAGGCACUAACCAAUCUAUAUAAAGAUAGCAAAGUCGUGUUGGUAAAACUAUUUAUAAUUCAAGAACGACUGGAUCAAAAUUGAUGAUCUCUGAUUGGUUGAAUUUGUUUUCAUAUGUUUAAAAUAUUCUUCAAAAGUUUUAAGGGGUUACGCCACCCUGAACAAAUGACAAUCGAAUGGUUUUUUAGGAUUUUUUUUUGACAAAACUAUUUGAGGUCGGACUUCUUUACAUUUAUUGCUAAUUUAAUACAAAUCUUAAGAUUCAUAAAUAUUAAAAAAAAUGUUUUUAGUUAAAAAUGGCAGAGAUAUAAGCAUUGGCGUGGAGCGAUUUUUCCGGAGAACUCCUUGAGGGUAUUUUUUUAAUUUGGCAUUUUAAUUUUUGUCUGGAACAAGUGAAAAAAUUAUUUUCCCAAAAAGUGAUAAAAUUUGAACAAAGUGGCCGUUUUUUUAAAAACAAAUUGUUACAAUUGGAAGCAUUUCAAAAAUUUACUUUAUAUUUUGGGCUAAAAAUACCAAAUUAUUCAAUCGAAAAAAUCUCACGUCACUCUGUGGAAAAAAUAUUUCAAUUUUCCAGUUAAUCGGUUGAAUAGUUUUUAAGUUAUCGUCUACACCGUCUCGAAAAAAGUGGUUUUGAGAAAAACGCAAAAGAAGAAAAAAUUUACUCUCGGCGCGCUCCCAACGCGCUGAUUCCUAAUGAUCAUAACUUUCGUAACAUUGUUUUGGAGACAUCUCAAAAUACUCGUUUGAAUAUAGACUUUGAAAUUAAGAAAAAAAAAUCAAUUUUUUGUAAUUUUCAGGGUGGUGUAACCUAUUAGUUUUUUCCAUCUAUUUCAUUUUCUAUCGAAAUAUUUCUGGUUUUUUUUUUAUUUUAGCAGUAUCAAUAAUGUGUUAUGCUGAGAGCGGUAAUGGGUGAUCAACGGCUGAGGUUUCGGAAUUUUUAAAUAAAAACUGCGCAAAAUUCGGUUUAAAUAUGAAUUUUAUUAAUAACUGUAUAUAUUAAAAACUGUAAAAAAUAUCAUUUUUUUCAACCGCUGAAAGCCACCUAACCACCACUUAACUGAACUUUGACAGUUAUUCCUUGUAUAUCUGAAUAUAUCUAUACGGACUCGACAAGAGGUUAGUUGAAGAGUUACUCUUCUUAUUUUGUUGUAUUGCAUACAGUUUAAUAGCAAAAUUCAUAGAGAU